AUGGUGAAAGUCAGGGACAGGAUUGGGACGAGGUGCGAAGAAUCGACGUGCAUCAAGCAAGCUUCGUUUGCGAUGGACGGCGACUGCUACCCCAAGUUCUGCAAGGACCACCGGCAGGCCAACAUGAUCAACAUUCGCGAUCAGCGGUGCAGGGCCGCGGGCUGCUCGAGGGGAGCAUCGUUCGCGGCAACCGGGGGCGAGCGUGGCCAGUUCUGCAGCGAGCACAAGGGGAAUAACAUGGUCAGCACUCCCAGGAGGAGCCAAUGCAUGGUUCCAGGGUGCACCAGCCGAGAGCUGAUCUACGUGAUCGAUGGACAGCAGCUCCCCAAGUUCUGCGUCGGACACCGCGGGCCCGACUGUCUUCUGCUACACCCCACCAACAUCGGCGCGACGGAGGGGAGCAACAUCCUGCCCAACGUUUACCAUCCUGGCACCACGGACCAGCUGCGGGGACCUCGCCGGCGUGUCGACGGGGAGAAGAUCAGCGACCAAGAACCCGGUUCUUCGAAGCAUCCCCGGAGGAUGGAACACCCGGGGCCCAACCAAGCGGCGGCAACCCGGCGGCUCCUGCCCCUCCAGGCUCUCCUUCUCCACGGACAGCAACUUCGGAAGAAGUGGGAGGCUUUGACGACGAAUGGGAAAGCGUAG